AUGAAUCUCGAAACAGUACGGACAAUUGUCCCGUUACUCCCCCUUAUUGUCCGCCAAUCCUUCUUACACGUCCUUCACCUAUCCGACUCAUCAAAAUACCUCGACCUUCGAAGCGCCCUUAUAAUCGCCUGUCUUCGCGUUAUACUCACACCAAAAACUCCUCGUAGUAUAUCGGCCGUCCAAGCACUUACUCUUCGCGACCCAGGAAUCAAGGGUCACAUCUGGGUCAGCAAAUAUACCAGUCCACCACCUCCCGAGACAGCAAUUCGUGAUGCCCUCAUCGCUACCCUGGAACACACCGGAGGGUCCACCUGCCGAAUUCCUGUUCCCAAGUUUGCUAAUGUUGAGGCCGAAUGGACCGGUUAUCGGAGCGGUGUGAGCCGUAACGCUCCGUUGCCUGACGUAUCGGAACGGGAGAGGUAUCACGGCAUGAUGCAAGACUGCAAGAAACCAACAACUGUGCUGUACUUGCACGGCGGCGCUUACUAUCUCUGUGACCCUGCUACACAUCGUCCUACGACCAAGAAGCUUGCGCAGUUGACGGGUGGUCGGUGCUACUCUGUGCGCUAUCGUCUUGCACCACAGCAUCCAUUCCCUUCGGCGUUGCUGGAUGCUUUUGUGUCUUACUUCACACUAUUAUAUCCACCUCCAGAUGCUUACCACGACCCUGUGCAACCGGAGCAUAUAGUUAUUGCUGGUGACAGUGCCGGCGGCAAUCUUUCACUCGCACUACUUCAACUCAUCCUUGAACUCCGCAAGCACGAAACUCCGAUCUUCUGGCAUGGCGAACUACGCCAAGUUCCUUUACCAGCUGGACUAGCACUAAACUCUCCAUGGCUCGAUGUUACACAAAGCUCUCCGACCUGGGAAACAUCCACAGAGACCAAGUUCGACUACCUGCCCAAGCCCGAGACCAUGGAUCAGCUCACGAUACCUCCCUGUGAGGCGUGGCCGGCUAAUCCACCAAGGCGCAACUUGUACAUUGCCGAUGAUAUUGCGGCGCACCCUAUGGCCUCGCUCGUCAUGGCACAGAGCUGGAAAGGGGCACCGCCUAUCUACCUCUGUACAGGCUGGGAGAUUCUUGCCUACGAGGAUAAGUACCUUGCACGCAAACUCGAAGCCGACGGAGUGAAAGUGGUAUUUGAGGAGUAUGAGGGUAUGCCUCAUUGCUUUGCGAUGAUGCUACGAAAUGCGCCUUCUACCCCACGAUGUUACAAAGGAUGGGCAUCUUUUAUAAGUGCAGUGGUUGAGAAUCCUGAUAACAUCAAGUCAAGUGCUGUCUUGAUCAAGUCCAAAUCAGGCAAGGAGGUGCCAUUGAAGUUCGAUGAGUUGAGCGAUGCUUCAGAAGAGGAUUUCAGACAAAGGGUUUUACAUAAGACAGGAUUGGAAGAUUCAGAAGGAGAAAUUCCAAUGGCGAAGCUAUAG